GUCUAUACUACUGUGAAAAAAAAAAAGUAGUCUCUUCCUUAUCUGAUGAUUUGAAAAUCCCAAAUUCAUUCCGGAGUCCAUCAUUUCAUUCCCUUCCCUCCAUGGCUUAUAUUCCUCUAUCUUCUUCCCUCAAUCUCCCCGCAGCAAAAGUUUCGCCUCUCACUCGCAGCUUUCGUGUUACUACUGCUAGUACCGUUGGCAGUAAAGAAAACCUCGCGGUGUCGUUCAGUUUGUCCUCCCUUCGCCCUAGACCGCCCAAGAUUCACCGGAUAUUUAGAUUAACGGUAUCCGGAGCUGCCUCUGUUGUAUUUCGAAAUCUCGACGCCGAUGAUUUUAGGCAUCCUCUCGACAGACAGAAUACUCUGCUUCUGAGAGCCGUUCCCGGUUUAAAUGAUAUUGGAAAAGCAUUGCUAGGAACCGUCACAGAGCAGGUCAUGCUUUUGGAGAACAUUGGUACCUCAGUUCUUGUUACGGAGAAUCAGCUCCCAGAACUUCAUUCUUUAAUGAUUCAGGCCUCCCACAUUUUGAACAUCGAGUCUCCUGACUUGUAUGUGCGUCAGAGUCCCAUCCCCAAUGCUUACACGCUGGCUAUCAGUGGUAAAAAACCAUUUAUUGUGGUUCACACAAGCCUUGUGGAGCUUCUCACUCGAAGGGAGUUGCAGGCUGUUUUGGCUCAUGAAUUGGGUCAUCUGAAAUGUGACCAUGGUGUUUGGCUGACAUUUGCUAAUAUUCUAACGCUUGGAGCAUACAGUCUUCCAGGUCUUGGUGGUUUAAUUGCCCAAAGAUUAGAAGAACAGCUUCUGCGCUGGCUUCGAGCUGCAGAACUUACAUGUGAUCGUGCAGCGCUUCUUGUUGCUCAAGAUCCAAAGGUGGUCAUCUCUGUUCUCAUGAAAUUAGCUGGUGGUUGCCCCUCAUUGGCUGAUCAACUAAAUGUGGAUGCUUUUUUGGAGCAAGCGCGCUCUUAUGACAAGGCUUCCUCAAGCCCAGUUGGGUGGUAUAUAAGAAAUGCUCAAACAAGGCAACUUUCACAUCCUCUUCCUGUUUUACGCGCAAGGGAGAUUGAUGAAUGGUCUAGAAGUCAAGAAUACAAACAUCUUCUUACACGUGCAGUUGUGGUCAAUCCUAUGCAAAGAGUAGCUAUAUAAGGAUGAUGAAUUUGAUUACUUAAAUAGUGCAAAUUUACAGAUCAGGCAGCUAUGGCGUAUACACAGGAGUCCAGAUGAGUGGCUGUAGUAGAUUUACUUGUCAUGCAAAGCUCUGGUAGAUCGAUCAUUGAAGCAGCUGUUCUUGACUUUUUGACUGAUAGUUGUAUAUUAUGCUAGUGAGGAAUGUAUCUAGUCUUGAAUUUAACCCACAUUUCCCCACCCAGGAAGAAAAAAUUCGGGGGAUGCAAUCGAGGUUUGCAGUUUGGAGUUAGGGAUUGUACCGUAUUUGUAUAGACACGACAUUGUAUGAACUGUUCACACACAAAUGAAAAAUUCGAUGUUGGUGGUGUCUA